AUGGAGAGUGGAGUUUUUCUACCCUAUCUGGAUCAGUUCAUGAUGAGCCCACUCGUCACUUGGGUCAAGACGUUUAUGCCUGAGGAUCAAACUAUGCACUUUGACUUGUCUGUUCUGUUGGACGGAGUGUUUCUGAACGACAUCAUGAGUCAAAUAAGUUCUUCAACUACACCUCAGGACCUGACCAAAGUAAACAGGAUUCAUAAUCUAAGUCUCCUUGUCCAGCAGAUCAAGACUUAUUACCAGGAUCAUCUUAAACAGUUAAUCAUGACCCCCUUGCCAAAUGUGUUGCUGCUGCAUAAGACUCCAUAUUGUGAGCAAGCUUUAGAGGAAAUGAAAAAGCUGUUACUAUUGCUUUUGGGAUGUGCAGUCCAGUGUGAAAAUAAAGAGGGCUACAUUGAAAGGAUCCAAACUCUUGAAUUUGAUACUAAAGCUGCUAUAGCUGCUCAUAUUCAAGAGUUGACCCACAGCCAGGAGAAUGUUUUGGAUCUGCACUGGUUGGAGAUCAGAGAAGGGCAACCUGAUGAACUAGAGGAUAUAGCCAGGAGGAUGGCUUUACACAUCCAUAGCCUGCUGGAUCAAAGAGACACCUAUUUGGAGACCAUCACAGAGCUAAUGCAAGACUGGGAUGAUGGCUGUAGCCAGCAGAGUGGCCCACAGUCCAGCAUGGAGCAGCAGCAGAGAGGGGCUCAGCAGCACCUGUCAGUGGAGCUGGCCGACUCCAAAGCCAAGAUCAGAAGACUUAAGCAGGAGCUAGAAGAAAAAAUUGAACAGAUGCUGGACUGCAGACAUGAACUGGAGAGCAUGGCGAUAGACCUGAAGAGGAUUCAACAGGAGAAUUCCCAGCUGCUUGUGGAUGCCCGUACAGCUCGGACAUAUCGUGAUGAACUGGACUCUAUGAGAGAGAGAGCUAUAAGAGCAGACAAGCUUGAAAGUGAAAUUGGGCGCUACAGGGAUCAACUUCACAAGAUGGACUUUUAUAAGGCUAAAAUGGAGGAGCUCAAAGAGGACAACAGGGUGUUACUAGAGACCAAAGAGGUCUUGGAGGAGCAGCUAGAGGGUUGGAGGUCACGCUCUGAUAAAAUCCAUCAACUUGAGAAGCAGUGUCUGCUGUUGAAAGCUCAAGUUCAGGACUUAGAGCAGGAAAAAGAGGUGGGCCAAAAGCGCUUUGAGGAUCUGCAGGAAGAGAACCUCAGUCUGUACAUGGCCCAGAGGAGGAGUAUGGAGGAGUCUCAACACCUGGGUUGGGAAUUAGACCAACUUUCUAAGACUAAUGAGAACUGCCAGGGUCCACUAAGUUUAAGUGAGGAAGUGAGUGAAAAUACCCAUAGCCGGAUGCUAAAACUUGAAAAGGAAAACCAAAGUCUGUUGAGAACCAUUGAAGAACUUACAGCUGUCCCAAGGAGCUCUGAAGUAUCUAAAGGAUUACAGUCACCAAACUCACAUUCAGUAAAUCAAAUGAACAGUUCAGCAGAAGAGAUAUGGAAUGGAGAUGUGAACUACACUCAAGCCUACCCUGUCUCAUUGGAGCAGGUCCAAACUAAGAUCUUUUAUACAGAAGGGACAGAUUUCCUUACACAGGAGAAAGUACCAGUGGAAAAUGGAGUUGGUGGCAUGCAUUCAGAAGACCUAGAAGAUCAUGAAAACUACCACAAUCAGCGGCUUUGUUGUGUUGAGCCAGAGAGAGUUCACACUUCUGGCUCAAAGAACUCAAGCCUGAGCCAUGCAACCAUCGCCAGCACUGGUCUGCCAACUUACUCCUCCUACAACAGCAAACACACACAGCGACUGGAGGCCAAAUGCAAGAACCUGGACAUACUCAACCAACAUCUACAGACUGCAUUAGACAACACUGAUCGAAAAGUUCAGCGUCUAGAGGCAGAGGUUCAAGAGCUGGAGACAGAAAAUCAGACUUUGCAAGCCACUUUGGAAGAUCUACGCAUUUCUACACGAAGACUAGAGCAGCUGGAAACAGAGAAGUCUACUCUCGAGCAGGAAAAUACUGUUCUGGAGAGAGAGAGGAGACAAUUAGAAAAAGAAAACAGACGACUUCACCAACAAGCUGAAAUCCAAGAUGCAAAUUUAGACAGCAGUAAUGUCCGUAUAGCCAGUCUGGAGAAGGAGACACGUUUUCUUAUAAAGGAGCUGGAGAAUUUAAAGGAGGCUGCUGAAAGAGUCAAAUCCAUUGAGAGAGACAACAGAGAACUGAGCAAGCAAAGUGCAAUGGACCAGAGGACACUGGCCACUCUCAGAGAGGAACUGGUCAGCGAGAAACUCAAAAAUCAGCAAAAACACAAUGAUUUGGAAAGGUUGACACGUGAACUGGAGAUGAAUGAUGUUCAAAAGGAACAACAUGCACUUGAUACAAAGGUUAAGAUGUUGGAGUCUGAGCUUGAGUUAUCUCUUAAGAAGUCUCUUCAGAUUAAAGAAGAAAAGAUGGAAGCACUAGAAGCUCGGUUACAGGAAUCUUCAACACUUAAUCUGCAACUACGCCAGGAUCUUAAAACUGUAAAAUUAAACUAUGAGGCUCUGCAACAGAGGCUAGAUGAAGAAUCUACACUGAGCUCUGUUCCCCCAAAGGAAACAGGCAAGGCAAUGAGUGAAUGGGUACGAGAAAGUCAAGAGGCAACUAAGGAGCUGCUAAAACUUAAAGACAGACUGAUAAAAGUGGAGCGGAAUAAUGCAAGGCUGGAGGCAGAGCGCCAGGGUAUGCAGGCCCAUGUGAAGCAGCUAGACAGUCAGUCAAAUACUCAGCAAGCACAAGUCCUUGCUCUCCAAAGACAAGCUACAGUUUUACAAGAGAACAACACUGCUCUUCAAACACAUAAUGCUAAUCUGCAGGUGGAGAAGUCUACUCUGAACUCCCAGUGUGCUUCUCUGCUGGUUCAGAAUUCCCAAUUGCAACAGCAGCAGACAAGGACAGAGAGCGAGCGUGACACUGCCGCACGUGAGAGAGAGGAGCUACGUUCACUUCAUGAGCAGCUGUUACGAGAUCAUGAGAGACUCACAGCCCUGCAUGAGAGACAGGCCAUGGAGUAUGAGGCUCUGAUGGGCAAACAUGGAUGUCUGAAAAAGGCACACCGCACACUAGAACUGGAGAACCGCUCACUGCAGGACAGGUACAACACAUUAGUACUGCAGCGGACUAAACUUGAAGAACUUGAGAAAACCCUGAAAGAAGAACAGGUGAAGAUCUCAAUGGAAAAAGAACAACAUAGGGCAACAGCUGCUGAGUGCUGCAGGCUUCGAGAUGAGAAGGACUGGCUUAACCAAACCUACCGUCAGCUUCUCAAUGAUCAUGAGUUACUGACCACUGAUCACAAAGAAGUCAAAAGUCAGCUUAAUGAGGCCAAACUUGAGCACACCUGGCUACAGGCUGAUUUCUCUAAACUUAAAAAGGAGUUUCAAGAAUUGGACAUUACCUCCACCAAACUGGGCAAUCAGUGUGAGUUAUUGGGCCAGCUCAAAGGCAACUUGGAGGAAGAGAACCGGCACUUACUCAACCAGAUUGAGACCCUUAUGAUUCAAAACAGAACUUUGUUGGAGCAGACCAUGGAAAGCAAAGAUCUGUUUCAUGUUGAGGAGAGACAGUACAUUGAUAAGCUAAAUGAUCUGAGAAGGCAGAAGGAAAAGCUUGAAGAAAAGAUAAUGGACCAGUACAAAUUUUAUGAACCAUCUCCUCCUCGAAGGCGUGGAAAUUGGCUCACACUUAAACUGAAGAGGCUAAUCAAAUCUAGUAGCCGUGAUAGUGGUUCAGAACAACCACCUUCGCCAACUCAUCCUGGGACAGACCCACACCUCCUGCGUCAUAAUAACAGCUCUUUCAUAGGCCUUGAUGGGGUGUCUUCCUCACCAUCAGGUCACAUGACACCACCUCGUUACAGCACCUCUCUCAAAAUAUUUCCUCGUAUGAAGAAGAGACUUAAGGACAAAGACAAAGCCAAGUCCAUCUUUCGUCGUUCCAUGUAUAAGGAUUCAAAUGACAGUGCUGUGCCAUCUGGAGUGGAAGAUAACGAUGAGCUUCAAAACCAUGAUCCAAAUGGCACUCAAAGCCGAGCCCAAAGUGAGAGCAGCGGAGAGUUCAAUGUGAGCCUUGAUAAUCAGCCCUGGUCCAGUGGCAGCAGCCCAGUCCAACUGCCCCAACCAUAUCACAAUUCAAUUUCCACUCAACCUCCUGCUGAUGCUUCUACUCCACAACAUGGUCACCUGCGGAAGUCUUCUGAUGUUGCGUCCAAAGACAAGAAAAAGGAUCCUGGACCAACUCAGGAUUUCUGGCUCACAAGAGGCACAAAGAGCCUCAGAAGAGGUUCAAAGAGCAAGUUUACAUACUGCCUGUCAGAUGCUUCAAACAGUGAGAAAACAAACCAAGAGGAAAGUGAGACUGAUUCAAAAUCAGAUUUAGGAAACACUGCAACAACUAGAGUUGUUGCUUGUUCUCCAAUCACAGUGUUGUAUGUCCAAGGAAAAUCAUCUUCAAUGUCUGGGUGCCUAAACUGUUUCUCUACACCUGUUGGUAAAGAGGGAAGACUUAAAGGGACCAAGUCUGCUAAAAGCCUUCCUCAUGCUGGGGGUAUUAUUUCCAAAGCAGAGAAUUCAUCCAGAUGCUCAAGUGUCAGUAGUGACUGCACGGUAAAGCUUGAUCCCCUACCUGUCCAAGUCUCUGAGAGUAUAACAGAGCAAGAUGAAUCAAGUUCAACAAAACAUAUAGAAAUAGGCAAGCACAAUGAGCCAGCUCCUCCAGUUAAACCUCCAAGAGACCCAGCCGCUGUUCCUUCUGACCGCCCAAAGUCCCCUGUGCAGGAGUCAGCUUUUGGUUCAGCAUUCACUUAUAACUCAGUUUUCUCCAACACAAUAUUUAGUGACUCUGUGAUCACAACUACUAUGGUCAGACCUGAAAAGAAGCAAACUUUCAUGCAGCUAAAUCAGUCUCUGACGGAAAAUGGUCCAGGAGAAAUGUAUAUCUGUAAGACCUCACAAACACUGCUUAGUGUGGAGCCUGUGGAGGAUCAAUCGGUAGAAAGUAUCCCAAAGUCUCAACAGGACACACCGACUUAG